ACAUUGUUCGUCAGCAUUCAUAACUAUUUAUCGGUUAGUAUAUUUGAUCACAAAAUAGAUCACUUCCGGUAAAAUGGCUGCGCCCAUGGAACCAAAACAAAACUCUUUGGUCGAUAUAAACAUUACAAUUAUUUUCCAGCUGUAAAUUUGUAAGUGUAUUUCUCGAUUAACUAUGUCGGAAUACAGAGAAUAUCGUUCCAAGCAUAGACAUAAACAUCAUCAUCGACACGAAGAUGACAGACGACGAAAACACUACGAUGAUACUGAUACUGAUAGGCAACAAAAUGAAUCUCAUUCUACUAAACAUAGGCAGACCAGGGAUGAGGAGAGAAGAAGAGAUCACAUUCAUGAAACCACCACGAAAUACUCAAGGGAGAAAGACAGGCACCAGUCUGGCAGUAAUCGACAAGAUACAAAAUGUUAUGUAAGCGACAAAAAAAGAAAAACUGACUCUGACCAAGAUGAAUAUGGAGCAGAUACAUGUAAUAAUAGAUAUAUGAAAAAACAUCAUCAUUCAUCACAUGCAGUCCCAAAUUAUAGAUCUGAAAGUGAGAGUGAAGAUGACAGAUUUCAAAGACAUCAUUCAUCCAAAAGGAAAAAUGAAGAUGUCACGGAAAGACUUACUUCAAAAUCCAGAAAUGAUAGAGGUAAAAAUGAAGAUGGGUAUGAGAGGAAAAACAGAAGUGAUGCUGCUAAAAAUGAUGCUGAUGAUACUAACCCAGAUUCGGAUGAAGAAAGAAGAAGACUGGAAUUUGAUUUUACAAACUAUAAACACUCAUUAAACAGAAUAUUCUUCAGAGAAACGGAUUUCAUCAAAAGAGGCUCUCCAGAAUAUGAUGACUUUUGGGCAUUUUUGGUGAAGUAUCAAGAAUUUCAAAAGAAAAAAGCAAUGAAAUCAAAGGAUAAGUCAAAGCCGAGGGAAGUUGAUGAUAAAGGGACAUUAGAUCUACCACAGCAUUAUGAUAACAGAUAUAGAAUCAAUCUAACUGUUGUCAGUAAAGAUAUUGAAACUUUUCUUAAAAAGGGCAGAUUGAUUGAUUAUGAUGUAGAAAGGGAACUAACCAGAGAUAGAGUGCAACAGUUUAAGAGUAUAUUAGUACAUUACUUAGAUUUUCAACAAAAACAGAAGCUAAAUAAAUUAAAGAAGAUACGUAAAGACCAAGAGAAUUUACCUAUUUAUCAGUUUCGUCAGAUGAUCGUACAAAUGAUCAAAAGACAUCAGAUAGUUAUAGUAGCAGGUGAUACAGGCUGUGGUAAAUCUACACAGGUGCCACAGUAUCUUCUUCAUGCUGGAUUUACUAAGAUAGCAUGUACACAACCUAGACGUAUAGCAUGUAUAUCAUUAUCUAAACGUGUUGGAUAUGAAACAUUAAAUGAAUUUGGUUCUCAGGUUGCAUAUCAGGUUCGAUUUGAGAAGAGCAAAACUCAGUCAACAAAGAUUCUAUUUCUAACAGAAGGUUUGUUAUUAAGACAGAUGACAUCUGAUAUGUAUUUAUCACAAUAUGAUGUUAUUGUUAUUGAUGAGGUUCAUGAACGUCACAUAUUUACUGAUUUUUUACUGGGUGUUUUAAAAUGUUUGUUAAAACAACGAGAAGAUUUGAAACUGGUAUUGAUGUCAGCUACUAUAAAUAUAUCCCUGUUUAGUUCGUAUUUUGAUGAUGCCCCAGUAAUAAAGGUUCCCGGUCGUUUGUAUCCAAUUCAAUUAGAAUAUUGUCCUAUUAAGAAAGAUGAGCUGUCGGGAAAAACAGAGAAAAUAGAUCCAUCACCUUACCUAAAGAUCUUAAACCUCAUAGAUCAUAAGUACCCAGCUAAUGAAAGAGGUGAUGUGUUGAUAUUUUUAAGUGGUAUGACAGAAAUUAUGGCGAUAUGUGAUGCUGUUAAACAGUAUAGUCUAGAAUCAAAACAUUGGAUAGUGUUACCACUUCACAGUGCUCUCUCUAUACAAGAACAAGAUAAGGUAUUUGAUAUCGCACCUGAAGGUGUAAGAAAAUGUAUAGUAUCAACUAAUAUAGCAGAAACAUCAGUAACUAUAGAUGGUGUCAGAUUUAUUAUAGAUUCAGGCAAGGUGAAAGAAAUGAACUUUGAUCCAAAAUAUAAAAUGCAGAGAUUACAAGAGUUUUGGAUAAGUGUUGCUAGUUCUGAACAAAGAAAGGGAAGAGCUGGUAGAACAGGUCCAGGUGUGUGUUUUAGACUCUAUGAUAAAACAGAUCAAGAAGCAUUUCAAGAAUUUUCAACACCUGAGAUUAAACGUGUUAGCUUAGAUACACUAAUAUUACAGAUGUUAUCUAUGGGAUUACCUGAUGCUAGAAAGUUUCCAUUUAUUGAAGCUCCAUCAAUGAGUAGUAUAGAAAAUGCUGUUAUUUCUUUAAAAGAACAUGGAGCAUUAAAAGGUGAUGAAAGUUUAACACCUAUAGGUGAGAUGUUAUCUAGAUUACCUGUAGAGGUAGCUAUAGGUAAAAUGUUAAUCAUGGGAUCUAUAUUCCAUAUGAUAGAUCCUGUAUUAUCUAUAGCAGCAGCUAUGAGCGUACAAUCACCAUUUCCUUAUAAAGCACAUACAGAUCACGAAGCUGUUGCUGCUAGAAAACCAUUAGAAUCAGAACAUGGAGACCCUUUUACACUUCUUAAUGCUUUUGAUGAAUGGAUUCAGGUAAAAGCAGAAGGUAGGGGAACAAAGAAAUGGUGUAAACAUAGAGCUAUGGAAGAACAGAGAUUUUAUGAAAUGAUUAAACUAAAAAGACAGUUUCAAGAUUUGCUUAAAGAUCAUAACCUAUAUGAGAAAGUAACAGAAGAAGAUAGAUAUUUGACCAGUGAUCAAAGACGACAAAAACAUGGUGAAAGAAAAAGAUUAAGAGAAUUAAAAAAAGAAAAGAAUAAAGAAUCUAAAAAGAGAAAAGUUUUAAAAUUAGAAGAAAAUGAUUACACUAUUAGUGAUGGUGAAGAGGAUGAUAAAGGAAAUGAUAUCAAAGAUUUAGAGUUUCGACUAUCAAAUGAUCUCAACCAGUUACAGGAAACUGCAAAUAAAAGUCGUCAUUUUACCUUACGAGAUAUCAACUUAUUGAAAAUUAUCUUAUGUAGUGGUUUAUAUCCACAAGUAGCUAUUGCUGAUGAUUGUAAUACAUAUAAAAUGGAUACAGAUCAAGCUUAUCAUACCAAGAAUAAAGGUUUUAUAUUAUUACAUCCUACCAGUGUUUUUACGACACAACCUGAAGUUUUACAGCCACCGGACAUAAAAGACAAGAAAAAUUGUCCAGAUGAUUUAAGAGGAAAACUAAGUAGAAAACAUGAACUAUUAGCUUUUGUUUCUCUGUUGGAGACCAACAAACCAUAUUUGGUAAAUAUUAUGAGAGUUCCAGCCUUACAGACAGUUACAUUAUUCUCUAAUUCUAUAGACACCAAUAGUAACUGUACCAGGUUGGUAUGCGAUGGUUGGUUAGAAAUAAGAUUUGCCGAUGCAGAGUCCGCACAGUAUAUCAUCUCUAGUAUUAUACAGUUACGCUCUAAAUGGCAAAAUCUUCUACAACUCCGACUAGAAGACACAUUUAAAAACAUGGAUAGUGAAAAGAAAACAAGUUCUCGAGCUAGAAGACUGGAAAAAUUACUGGCAGAAAAAUUAACUGAGUUUCUAGAAAGUAGUGUUGAGUAUGCUAUCAGACGGAUAUUAGCAGCAGAAGUUCAACAUUUAUAUAAUGGACCAACUCUAGCACCAAUAGAUGAAGAAAGUGAAGGCAGUAUAUCACAGUGUAUUAUGGGUAGUGGUAAAGAACAUAUUAUUAAAGGUGGUGUACAGGUGAAUGAUUAUCUGGUUGUUAACUGUUUACGUGAAGAUUCAUCAAGUGGUAAUGUGUGGAAUGAAUUUACAUCCACUAUGCAGAAACAUUGGACAUGUCCGCAGUGUGAUACAAGUAUGAUAGUUACUGUCAUGGAGAGAUUACAACAUGAAUCUGAAUGUUUAGAAAAACACAAUACAGUAAAUCCAGUAGAGGAAGAAAGACUUAUAGAAGAAGAGAGGAAAACCCAAGAAAAUCAUCUGAGAAAAUCUUAUUUCUGUACAGACUGUGAUAAACAAUAUUCUUUUACAUCAACUGAAAUAUUAAAACAUAAAAAAUCACAUAAAACACCCAGCUGACAUUAAAUAUAAUAUCUUAAUUUAUAUCAUGA